CCUGCUGUCCAAACAAUGUCUCCUUGGGAAGACUUUCUGGCCUCGCUCUUGUCCAGUUCCAGCAGCGUACUGGGCGGUGUGGCCGUGCUGCUCCUCUUGGCUUUUGCAUCCAGGCGCUUUGCUUUGCGGGAAACUAGGAAGGGGCCUCCGGGACCCAGACCUUUGCCCUUGCUUGGCAACCUGCUGCAGCUCGAUCUCAAGAGGCUCCACCUGAGCCUUUGUGAGCUUGCAGAAGAAUACGGCUCCGUGUUCACAAUCUACUUGGGCGGCGUUAAAGUCGUGAUCCUGGCUGGAUACAAGACGGUCAAAGAGGCUCUGGUCACCCACGCUGACGUGUUUGGGGAGCGCCACAUCGUGCCCAUAUUUGAGGAGCUGAGUCGAGGUCACGGAAUUAUUUUUGCAAACGGAGACUCGUGGAAAGAACUGAGACGUUUUGCCAUCAGCACUCUGAAAGACUUCGGAAUGGGUAAAAGACUCGCUGAAGAGAAAAUCAUGGAGGAGUGCAGCCACCUCAUUCCUAUUUUUGAGAAGCAUGAAGGGCAGCCGUUUGAUACAACACAACCAUUGGGUAACGCCGCGUCCAAUGUCAUCUGUUCCAUCGUGUUUGGGAGCCGAUUUGAAUACGACGACGCUCAGUUCACCACCAUGGUGAAACGAGUCAAAGACAACUUACUUUUGACUGGAUCCAAACAAAUUGAGCUUUACAACAACAUUCCAUGGCUGUUUAGCUGGUUUCGGGAUCGGCAGAUAGUUCUAAAGAACUUCCAGAAAAACAUCCAGGACAUAAAGGACCUGCUGGCCAAAGUGAAGGAGAACCUGAACCCUGAAGAUUGCAGGGGCUUGGCGGACUGCUUCUUCAUGCGCAUGCAAAAAGAGGAUCUAUCUGAUGAGCAGAACCACUUCAGUGAGGACAACAUGGUUCAUGUUGUUGGCAACCUCUUUGCUGCAGGCACGGACACCACUUCCACCACACUAAGAUGGGCCUUGCUAUUGAUGGUUAAAUAUCCCCUAAUACAAGAUCGGGUCCAGGAGGAGCUAAGCAGGGUGAUCGGAAGCCGCCAAGUUUGCGCUGAUGAUCGCAAGAACCUUCCCUACACCGACGCCGUCAUCCAUGAGAUUCAGAGGUUCAGCAACAUCGCAACCACAACCAUUCACCACCAAACCAGCCAGGACAUCACCUUCCAGGGCCACUUCAUCGAAAAGGGCACCGUUGUUUUGCCUCUCCUUUUUUCUGUCCACUGCGAUAAGAGUGAGUGGGAGACACCAAGAGCCUUCAACCCUUCCCACUUCCUGGAUGAGGAGGGUAAAUUCAUCAAGCGGGAUGCCUUCAUGCCCUUCUCUGCAGGCCGCAGGGCUUGUCUCGGCGAAGGUCUGGCCCGGAUGGAGCUCUUCCUCUUCUUCACCACCCUCCUUCAGCGCUUUCGCUUCACGCCUCCCCCAGGGAUGUCGGAGGACGAGCUGGAUUUGACGCCAGUGGUGGGCUUCACGCUCAGUCCGCCGCAUCACCUGCUGUGUGCCGUCAGAAGGAAGAGAGGGUCAGUGUCGAAGACGUCCAUAGCUCCUGCUGUCCAAACAAUGUCUCCUUUGGAAGACUUUCUGGCCUUCCUCUUGUCCAGUUCCAGCAGCGUACUGGGCAGUGUGGCCGUGAUGUUCCUCUUGGUUUUUGCCUCCAGGAGCUUCGCCUUGCAGGAAACUCGGAACGGGCCUCCAGGGCCAAGACCUUUGCCCUUGCUUGGCAACCUGCUGCAGCUCGAUCUCAAUAGGCUCCCGAAAAGCCUCUGUGAGCUCGCAGAACGAUACGGCUCGGUGUUUACGGUCUACUUUGGCAUCAAGAAAAUGGUGGUCCUGGCUGGAUACAAGACGGUGAAAGAGGCUCUGGUCGACCAUGCAGAGGAGUUUGGAGAACGCCAUGUCUACCCAAUAUUUGACGAUAUGAAUCAUGGUCACGGAAUUGUGUUUGCAAAUGGAGACUCGUGGAAGGAACUGAGACGUUUUACCAUCAGCACUCUGAGAGACUUCGGAAUGGGUAAAAGACUUGCUGAAGACAAAAUCAUAGAGGAGUCCAAGCACCUGGUUCUCCUUUUUGAGAAGUAUGAAGGGAAACCAUUCGAUACAAGUCCAGUGAGUAACGCCACGGCCAAUGUCAUCUGUUCCAUUGUGUACGGGAGACGAUUUGAAUACAACGACACUCGAUUCACCGCCAUGGUGACUCGAGCCAAUGACACAAUCCUCUUGCUUGGAUCUCAGCAAACUCAGCUUUACAACAGCUUUAAAUGGCUGUUCAGAUGGGUUCAACACCGGCAGAUGAUUCUAGAGAGCCGCGAUGCAAACGUCCAGGACAUAAAGGACCAGCUGGCCAAAGUGAAGGAGAACCUGAACCCUGAAGUGUGCAGGGGGCUCGCCGACAGCUUCUUUAUACGCAAGCAAAAAGAGCAGAACCACUUCACCGACGACAACCUGGUUUUUGUCGUGGCCAAUCUCUUAGCAGCAGGAACGGACACCAGUGGCACCACACUAAGAUGGGCCAUUCUCUUGAUGGCCAAAUAUCCCGAAAUCCAAGAUCGUGUCCAGGAGGAACUGAGCAGCGUGAUCGGAAGCCGCCAGGUUUGUAUGGAGGAUCGCAAGAACCUUCACUACACCAACGCUGUCAUCCACGAGACGCAGAGGUUUGCCAACAUCGCAUCCAUAACCAUUCCUCACCAAACCAGCCGGGAUGUCACCUUUCAGGGCCACUUUCUUGAAAAGGGCACCAUAAUUUUGCCUUUACUUAUGUCUGUCCACUAUGAUAAGAGUGAGUGGGAGACGCCAAGCACCUUCAACCCUUCCCACUUCCUGGAUGAGGAGGGUAAAUUCAUCAAGCGGGAUGCCUUCAUGCCCUUCUCUGCAGGCCGCAGGGUUUGUCUCGGCGAAGGUCUGGCUCGGAUGGAGCUCUUCCUCUUCUUCAGCACCCUCCUUCAGCGUUUUCGCUUCACACCGCCACCCGGGAUGUCGGAGGACGAGCUGGAUUUGACGCCAGUGAUGAGCAUGUCGCUCAAACCGCUGCCUCACCAGCUGUGUGCUGUCAGUCGCCGCUGAUGCAAACUGCUGUUAUGUCCGCCAUCAUCAUGGUGCCUUUGAUGCAUUUCCAAUCCAAUCUAACUUUAUUUGCACUUUAAAAAAAACAGCGCAGUGGACCAAAGUGCUGUACAGAAUAGUUUAGAGUUAUAGUUUAUAUUAUGGUUUAUAAAAGCACAAAAGGCAACAACAAGGUGUGUCUAAAACGUCUAAAUCAAAAUGAAUACAUAAGAAACAUGUUUCAAAAUAACAGCCUGGAUAAACAACAAUAAGAACAGACUCAUGUCUUCUAUUUUGUGUGUGGACAUGCAUUGUGCAGGUAUUUCUGGAGGUGUGUGUGUGA